UUUUCUCCAUCAAUUCGAAUUGUAAAGAAAAAAGUUUGAUUCGUCUUAUCUAAUUGGAAAAUUCGGUCAUACUAUCGUAUAAUUGUACAGAAUUAUUGGCAAUUUCAAGUUUGUAGUCAUUUGAAAGAGUGAGAAAAAGGAAAUCAAUCGAAAAACUACAAUAUCAAUAAUAAUAAGAGAAUAAAAAGUACCAUCUACAACAAGAAAAACGAUUGAAGGAGAAAAAUGGUGAAAAAUAUUAUGGAAGCAUUGGUGCAUGCAUCGGAAAAAGCAACCAAUAUAGCAAGAUUGUGCCGUCAAAAUGAACAUUUGUUUCCGUUGCUUGUCGAAGAAAAACCAGCCGAAGAAUCGAAUCCUCGUUUCGUCAAAGAUUUCAAAACUUUGGCCGAUGUUUUGAUCCAACAAACCAUUCGAUAUGACGUUGGAAAUUUGUAUCCACUAGUUCAUAUCCAAGGUGAAGAGACAGCUACAUUCACCAACGGACUCGGCGAAUCAAUAGAUCUAGAGAUAACCGAUAUUCAAGAGAACACUAUCGAUUGUUUAGUGAAAAUUUUGGAUGGAGACCGAGUUGCUGCCGAACUUUUAGCUGCCGAAGUAUACCGAACAGUUAUUUGUGAACAUGGUGACGUUGACGCACUGCCCGAUUUGCCAGACAAUUUGGACCUAUCAGGAGUUGGAAUUUGGAUUGAUCCGAUUGAUGCGACUCAGGAGUAUAUCAAGGCCGAAACGAUAAGAAAAUAUCCGAAAAUUUGUGCUUCGGGCUUGGAAUGUGUUACAGUGUUGAUUGGAUUAUACGAUAAAGGAAAUGGAAAACCACUGGCUGGCAUUAUCAAUCAGCCAUUCAAUGAGAAAACGGAUACAGGGUACAAAAGUAAAAUUGUUUGGGGUGUAUGCAUGGGGGACGAUCUCAAAGUAACAAAUCUUCCAAAAGAGCAUCUCAAAAAUACCAAACUCGCGGUUGUGUCAUCGUCUGAGGAUGAAAAAUAUAUCAAAGCGCUCAGAGACUUAGGCUAUACGGUGGUUUAUUCAGCCGGAGCUGGUUAUAAAAUAAUGAAAGUGAUUUGUGGUGAUGCUGAUUUAUUUUUGCUUAGCAAAAAUACCACAUUCAAAUGGGAUACAUGCGGACCACAUGCCAUUUUGAAUGCAAUUGAUGGGGGUCUUUUUAAAAUUGAGGACAUCAUCGAAUCGAAUAAUAUUAUUGAAAUUGAUUAUUCGGAUGAACGUGAAAAUGCAAACGAGGGCGGUUUGCUUGCGUUGCGUCGCGACGAAAAGCAUAUACUACAAGAUUUGUACAGUAAAAAGUAAGCAAUUUACCGGCCGACGGCACUAAUCGCCAUCGCCGACAACCACCCCUCACCCCAAUCGCCUCCUAUGAGCAAACUUAAUGAACUGCAAACGAUAAGUAUUAAGAAACACAUACCAAAACUAAAACAAAAACAAAAACCAAUUGGCGACAAUUAACAGAAACACGAAAAUAUACACAAACACGAUUAUUCCAGAGUAUCAAAAUUUAUUGAAAAAAUUAAAAUAAAAACAGGUGUUUACAGAGAGCAUUGAAAUUAUUUUGUGUAAUCAUAUAUAUAAAUGGAAUUUAGAACGAUUGACAAAGAUAUAUACAUUUAGAUUUUGACUAUUUAUUCUUGUGAACAUUUAUAAAUGUAGGCACGGUUUGCCGAUGUAGAGUUAGUUUCUUUUUCUCAGAGAAGCAACAUUAAAUUGGCUUCAAAAGUGAUUUAAAAUGGCAAAUGGGCUACAUCCUCCAACUAAUUGGCGAAUUUAAUUUUAGUUUUUAUUUUAAUUUAAGUUACAAUGAUUUUUUUUGUUUUUGAUUUUCCACAAAAAAAAAACUGCAUUACAUUAAGCGCAUCGCUUUUUUAAUAUAGUUUUUAUUUUAUUUUCGAUUGAAUGAUCAAAUUGAGCGUAUUAAAUUCUGAACUCAACAGUUGGAUAGUAGACUCAGUGAGAUCAUUCGUAUAAUUUCAGACUGAUUUUUGUUGCCAGAAUUUUAUGUUUAAUUAUUAUUAUUAGAUUGUAUUUGUAAUUAAGCCAAAAACAAAAUCUAUAUUUGCGAACUCUGAAUGUUGGACAUAAUUGUCAUCACUAAAAUCAAACUGAAAACAGCAACAAAAUAAUGAACAAAUUUAAAAAAAACCGGCGACGGCCAAUAAAUUAUAGUAUCAUGUGCCGAUUUAUACGGUUUUUCUGCACAUUUAAUUGAAUAACAAAAACAAAAAAAAAAACAAUUUAAACAAAUCCAUUGUUUCAACUUAUCGAUAGAAAUCAGACCAAGUGUGGUCUCAAAAAAGUGAGAUUCUCAUAGUCGAAUAAUUUACAACGCAAAACCAGCUUAAAACAUAUAUAUUUGUAAAAAAAAUAUAAAUUAAACAAAAAAGUGCAAUAAAAUUUAGAGGCUUAGGUUAUGUGGAAAGGUGUAUUUAAAAUUUGACGAAUGUUUAGGGUAUAUGGAAUCUAUUAAUAUUAUUAUUGUGGUUGUGCUUUCAAAUCCAAGUAAACCAAGAUGAACAAAACAAAAAUAAUGAUGACAUAUUGUAGUGCUGUUGGCAAUUAUUUAAUUGCAAAAAAUUCUAUGUUUACACUCAAAAUGAAUUCGCUAAGAUUGAAGAUUAGUUUCGCUAGAAAAUCAAUAAAAACAGAUGAAUUUAUAUAUAUAGACAUAAUACCUUUUUUUUCUUCUGUGUGUCGCUAUUGAAAGCGACAGCUAAAAAAAGAUACGGUGAAAUAUUGAUAAAAAGUGAAAUUAUAACAUGAUUCCAGAAAACUUAGUCUGAAUUUUGAAAACGAUUUAAUGUUUCAUGAAACGGUACAAUAACGAAUGAGGAUUGAACGAGAUAGUUGAAAUAUUUAUUUUUAAUUGAAACAUUUCUAUAUUUUUGUUCCCAAACGUAACAGAGAUCGUAGUCCAAAUAUAAUAUUUUAUGUAACUGUUGUUCCAAAAAAAAAUCAAUCUGUACAUUAAAUGAAAAAUUAUUUCAAAAAUAAAUAUAUGAACGAAAUUAUGUUCAUUUUCUGUCUUAGAAA